AUGGCGGGUGAGGUCACCUUUGCUAAAUCCUUCCUUUCCCUCCUGGACUCCAAACCACCCAAGAUCUCGCCCGACCAUAUUGAAGACCCGCGCUCCUACCCAGGCCAUUCUCCGUACACCCUCUCCCGCCUUUCAACCCAAAAACCUUUCUCCAAGCGCUCCUCAGCCGCCAAUGCCGGCACUACCGCUACAUCCACCACAUCGUCCCCUUCCGACUCCAUAUCCCAACGAAAAACCAACCCCGGCGCCGAACCCGCUCUCUCCGUGACCCUGCGCUCGCCGCGCAACCCGCCCUUCGACCUCACGCUGCCCGCGGUACCCCACUCCACCUCGCUCGCCGAAGUCAAAGAGCGCGUUGCGGCCGAGACGGGCAUCCCGCUAGACAAGAUCAAAUUGUUGCACGGCAAGAAACCGGUGGGGGACACUAAGGUGUUGAAAGAUCUCGUUGGGAGCAAUGCUGGUGGCGUGGAACUAGGGGUGAUGGUGCUGGCGGGUGGAGCAAGCCAUUUCAAGAUGGAUGGGAGGGAAAAGGGUGGUGCUGCUUCUGCUGAUGCUGUUUCUGCUUCUGUUGCUGUUGCUGGGGAGGGGGCAGCGGUGGCACAGGGGUUGCAAGGGAUAAGCGUGCUGGAGACGGAACAGUUUUGGGGCGAACUCAAAGGCUAUUUGCAGCAGAGGGUGCGAGAUGAGGCUGUUGUCGAGGAAGCUCUAGGAUUGUUCAAGGCCGCUUGGAGUAAGAGGUCAGGGUAA